AUGCCGCCCAGCAAUGACGACUUGCGCAGCUGGGCGGCGCUGGACGGCAAGCGGCUGAUGAACGUCCUAUCGUAUCGCGCCACGUUGGCAGAACUACUGGCCGUGGUGAAAGCACACAGAGAGAAUGGGGAGGAGAUGAGAGGGAGAGUGGGAGGCGGUGUGCGGGAGGAUAGAAGAGGGGAGGAGAGAUGGGGAGAGGGGAAAGAAGGAGGGGAGGGAAGGGAAGAGGAAAGUGUGGGGGAGGGUAAAGUGGGGGAGGGUGGAGGGGGAGAGGAUAGAGGGGAGGAGGGAAAUGUUUUUUCUAAGCGAGUGAAGGGCCAAAAGGAUGGGAAGGCAAGCACCGGUUUGUCCCCUGUACACAUCUGCACCGCAUUCCACCGCAUUGCCAAGCAUGCCAAGCGCAUGGGCGGCGGGCGGCGUCUCGUGGACCGGCUGAAGGAGGACGAAACGGUCCGGUGGCUUGGGCGGCAGGUGGAGGCGCUGGCAAAGGGCGGCAGACUGAAGGGUCAAGCUUUGGCCAACGUGGCAUGGGCGCAGGCAGAGCUGGGGCACGGCCCACCGUCCCUGCUAAACACUGUCAUGGCAGCAUCGCUCGCGCAGAUCAAAUCCUUCCAGCCGCUGGAAGUGGCCAUUCUGAUGCAUGCACUAGGUUCCACCGCCGGCCUGCCAGCUGUCAACGCCAGCCUGGCGCGGGACCUGCUUGGGCGGCUGACGUGGGAGCACGUGAUUGGCUCGCUGCACUGCUUCCAGCCGCGCCAUGUUAAGGAGAUCCUGUGGGCCCACGCGCGGGUGGGGCUGCACUCGCACCUGCUCUUCCGCGAGGCGGCAAAGCUUGUCCUUUCUGACAUGAGCAGCUACAGUGCUCCGCAGCUCGCCAUCAUCGCAUGGUCCUUUGCCAAGCUCCACCAUUCAGACGACUCUCUCUUUCGCGCACUUGCUGCCUGGGCCGAGAGCAACGCUCCUGCAUUCGCGUCUCAAGACACCUCCAACAUGCUCUGGGCAUUUGCGCGCCUCAAUGUGAAUGCUCCAAGCGUGUUUGCACUCUUUGUACCACGAGUGAUCGGAUCGAUACAAGAACACUCUACGCAGUCACUCUCCAACAUCGCAUGGGCGUACGCCACAGCAGGCCACCGCAGCCAGCAACUAUUAGAGGCAUUGGGGGAGGAGAGCACGCGGCGAAUUGUGGGCGGUACACUGGAGAGGGAGGCUGUAUCUGGGCAGGCUGUAGCCAACAUCGCAUGGGCAUUAGCAACGCAGAGUCACUACGACGUCGCCUUUUUCUCUGCCGCUGCCGCCCACGCCACCCGCUACAUGCCAAGAUACGCCGGCCGCACCAUUGCUUGCCUGGCGUUCGCCUUUGCUCUGAUUGGCCACACGGCCCCUCCUCUCUUCCUGCGUGUUGAAUCUGAGAUCAUCCGUCGUUUGGCACUCCGGUCAGGAGAGCAGGAGUUUGGGCGCCAGGCGCUGGUGAUGCUCGCAUGGGCACUCGUGGUGCAUGGGCAAACCGACUCACCCUCUGCUGCUCCUGCUCCGCCUGCCGCCGCUGCUCCUUCUUCUGCUGCUCCUCCCAUCACCAGCAUCGCCACCACCACCAACUCCCCAUCCACUCUCCCCUCCUCCUCGUCCCCCUCCUCCUCUGCCUCUCUCAGCCCAGCUCUCCCCAUCCUGCGGCACCACCUGCUCUCCCUCACCACCGACCUCACCUCCUCUGAGCUCUGCCAACUUUAUCAGGUCGACCUGGCCACCCAGCUGGAAGCACCGGAGCACAACACUCGCCUGGUGGAGGGCGGCAUGGGCGUUAUGGGGCACGCUGGGCGGAGCACGAGUGGCAGUGGGAGCGAGGGAGAUGGGGAGUGGGGGGAGCAGGAUCAGGAGAGCCAAGGGGAGGAGGAGGAAGAGAGGGACGAGUCGUAUUGGUAUUUGCAGCACCUGUGGCUGUCGGGGUUUGUGCGGCAACAGGCAAAGGCGUGCUGGGAGGCGGCUCACGAGGAGGAGAAGGUACAGGUGUCAGGGUUGCAGAGAGACAUCAGCUGCGCCCUGCACCAGAUGCACCUCCCCCACACCCUCGAGUACCGAGACGGCGACUACAGCAUCGACCUCGCCCUCCUCCUGCCUCUCGCCGCAACAGAAUCUACGGGGAGUGACUCUACGAGGAGUGAUCAUAGGAGAAGGGAACGGCGUGUUCUCAAGAUAGCAGUGGAGGCUGACGGGCCGUCACACUUCACUAUAAGCACGUCUGGAAUGACAACUGAGCAGCAGCAUCAGCAGCACUCUCAGCAGCACCCCCAUCAGCACAAUCAGCAGCAGCAGCAUGUGCCGCUGGGUCCCACUCGCCUCAAGGCCAGGCUGCUGCGCUGCCGAGGCUGGCAGGUGGUUCAGAUACCUUUCUUUGAAUGGGAGUGCCUGUCGGACCUCCACCAGAAGCAGCAGAGACUUGAGUCGACUCAAACGUCUCCUACCUCCCUCCACCACUCUCCACCGCAGAUACCUUUCUUUGAAUGGGAGUGCCUGUCGGACCUCCACCAAAAGCAGACGUAUCUCGCCGCCCGUCUCGGGCCCCUGGCCAUGCAGCUGGCACGUGAAGCAGAAGCAGCGGAUGCUGACGUGGCACAGGAAGAGGCUGGUAGGACUGGGGAAGGUAGAACGGAGGAACGUAGAAUUGAGGAGGGUGGAAGUGGGGAGGGUAGAACUGGGGAGGAUGAGACUGGGCUGAGUGACAAACAGCAAGAGGAAGAGGGAUUGAAGGAGGGGCGAGUGGCAGAAGAGGCGGAGCAGGUUGGGGGAGGGGAAUUUAAGCCUGGGGAUGGAGAAGGGAAGGAGGUAGACGAGAAAGUGGAGGAGGGGGAGGAGGGAGCAGAGAGGAGGAAGGGAGGGGAUGUCAGUCCUGAGAAAUCUCAGAAGGAAGGGGAGGAGGAGGAAGAGGAGGAGAGGAGGAAGGGAGGGGAUGUGUUGAAGCGAGCAGAGGUGCUGGGUGCGUGGAAGGCGGGGCAGGCCAAGGGAGGGCUGGGUGCUGACCGGCUGGCACUUCUGAGAAAGGCUGCUGUGAGGAGAGGGCUAACACAGAAGUAG